UCUCCUGCUGUUGAUGAAUAAUUUCGGAGUACUAUGGAUCAUGCUGAAGAAAAUGAAAUCCUUGCAGCAAGCCAGAGGUACUAUGUGGAAAGGCCUAUCUUCAGCCAUCUGGUCCUCCAGGAAAGACUUCACAAGAAGGACAAGAUUUCAGAUUCCAUCGGGGAUAAGCUGAAACAGGCAUUCACAUGUACUCCUAAGAAGAUACGAAAUAUCAUUUAUAUGUUCCUGCCCAUAACUAAGUGGUUGCCCGCGUACAAAUUCAAAGAGUAUGUGUUGGGUGACUUGGUCUCAGGCAUAAGCACAGGGGUACUUCAGCUUCCUCAAGGGUUAGCCUUUGCAAUGCUGGCUGCUGUGCCUCCAGUGUUUGGCCUGUACUCUUCAUUUUAUCCUGUUAUAAUGUAUUGUUUUUUUGGAACCUCCAGACAUGUAUCCAUAGGUCCGUUCGCUGUUAUUAGCCUGAUGAUUGGUGGUGUGGCUGUUCGAUUAGUACCAGAUGAUAUAGUUAUUCCAGGAGGGGUAAAUGCAACCAAUGGUACGGAAGCAAGAGAUGCCUUGAGAGUGAAAGUCGCCAUGUCCGUGACCUUACUUUCAGGAAUCAUCCAGUUUUGCCUAGGUGUCUGUAGGUUUGGAUUUGUGGCCAUAUAUCUUACGGAGCCCCUGGUCCGUGGGUUUACCACCGCGGCUGCUGUGCACGUCUUCACCUCCAUGUUAAAAUACCUGUUUGGAGUUAAAACAAAGCGGUACAGUGGGAUCUUUUCAGUGGUGUAUAGUACAGUUGCUGUGUUGCAGAAUGUUAAAAACCUCAACGUGUGUUCCCUAGGCGUCGGGCUGAUGGUUUUUGGUUUGCUGUUGGGUGGCAAGGAGUUUAAUGAGAGAUUUAAGGAGAAAUUACCGGCACCUAUUCCUUUAGAGUUCUUUGCGGUGGUGAUGGGAACUGGCAUUUCAGCUGGGUUUAACUUGCAAGAAUCGUACAAUGUGGAUGUCGUCGGGACACUUCCUCUGGGGCUACUACCUCCAGCCAACCCGGACACCAGCCUCUUCCACCUCGUGUACGUGGAUGCCAUCGCCAUAGCCAUUGUUGGAUUUUCAGUGACCAUCUCAAUGGCCAAGACCUUGGCAAAUAAACAUGGCUACCAGGUGGAUGGCAAUCAGGAGCUCAUUGCCCUGGGACUGUGCAAUUCCAUUGGCUCACUCUUCCAGACUUUCUCAAUUUCAUGCUCCUUAUCUCGAAGCCUUGUUCAAGAGGGGACUGGAGGGAAGACACAGCUUGCAGGUUGUUUGGCCUCACUAAUGAUUCUGCUGGUCAUAUUAGCCACCGGGUUCCUCUUCGAAUCAUUGCCCCAGGCUGUGCUGUCGGCCAUUGUGAUUGUCAACCUGAAAGGAAUGUUCAUGCAAUUCUCAGAUCUCCCCUUUUUCUGGAGAACGAGCAAAAUAGAACUGACCAUUUGGCUGACCACUUUUGUUUCCUCCUUGUUCCUGGGAUUGGACUAUGGUUUGAUUACAGCUGUGAUCAUCGCUCUGCUGACUGUGAUUUACAGAACCCAGAGUCCCAGCUACAAAGUGCUUGGACAGCUUCCUGACACUGACGUGUAUAUUGAUAUAGAUGCAUAUGAGGAGGUGAAAGAAAUUCCUGGAAUAAAAAUAUUCCAAAUCAAUGCCCCAAUUUAUUAUGCAAAUAGCGACUUAUAUAGCAAUGCUUUAAAAAGAAAGACUGGAGUGAACCCAGCGCUCAUAAUGGGAGCAAGAAGAAAGGCCAUGAAGAAGUAUGCUAAGGAAGUUGGAAAUGCAAAUAUGGCCAAUGCAACUUCUGUCAAAGUGGAUGCAGAAGUAGAUGGAGAAGAUGCCACAAAGCCUGAAGAAGAGGAUGACGAAGUAAAAUACCCCCCAAUAGUCAUCAAGAGCACAUUUCCUGAAGAAAUGCAAAGAUUUAUGCCCCCAGGGGAUAACAUCCACACCAUCAUUCUGGAUUUUACACAAGUCAAUUUUAUUGACUCUGUUGGCGUAAAAACUCUGGCCGGGAUUGUAAAAGAAUAUGGAGAUGUCGGUAUUUAUGUGUAUUUAGCAGGAUGCAGCGCACAAGUUGUGAAUGACCUCACUCAAAAUCGAUUCUUUGAAAAUCCUGCCUUGAAGGAGCUGCUGUUCUACAGCAUUCAUGAUGCAGUUUUAGGCAGCCAGCUUCGGGAGGCGCUUGCCGAGCAAGAAGCCACCGCCGCCCCUCCGCAGGAGGACUCAGAACCCAACGCCACUCCAGAAGCUUAGAGGAGGAACCCAGCUGGGAUGGGGUACGAGCCUCUGGGAAAUUACUCACUUACACAUUUUAAGUACUAGACACUAGACAUCCCCCCGCUAAGGGUAAAUGCUAGUAGUCAAGGUUUGAUUUGGAGGGUGAAUGACGCACAUAGCAAGAUGUAUCUUACUUGUGUUUUUUUUUUAAUUGCAUUAUUUCAAAGAUAAAUUGUCCCUCUUGCCUGCAUUUACUGUGCAGUGACAUUCCUGUUACCCUUUAGUGUUACCUUUAUAAGCCGAGCGUUCCAGAAGUUAUUUCCUUUAAUUGCUUUACGUACCAAUCAUAUAUGCUUUCACCAGAUGGGUAGCAUCCUUACUUUGGUACUUGCUGGUGUACAGACUUUCUGUAAUCAGAGCUAACUAAUAGAAGGGGCACACCCUCAGUUUUCUAGAAGUUCUUUAAAAAUAACCUUUUAUUACUAAAGAAGCAUUAUGAGUGCAAUAAAAAGAAUAGAAAAAAUAAACUAAAAACAUUAUAUUGCUACCAUUCAAAGAUUAUCACUAACACCUUAAGGCAUAUCCUUCCAGAUCUUUUUCUGUGCGUAUAUACUUACAUUUUUUAACCAGAGUAAGAUCAUUUCUACAUAGUGCUCUGUAAGUCAUUUUUCAGUCAACAAUCCUUGUUUCCUCAUCUGGAAUACUUUUACCUCAGAUCAUAUUCAGGUUUCCCCAGUUGUCCUCAAAUUUAUACUUGGUCUGUCCAGACUAGUAUCCAUUCUGUGACCUACCACUACAACUGGUCAUGUCCCUUCAAGUCCGUUAAGUCUAUCUUAAUCCAGUACAGUCCCUUUUAUGACAUUGAGUUGUUGAAGAGAGACUGGGGCAGUUGUCCUGUAGAAUCCCCAUUUUGUUCUUUCAAGGUGUUAUAUCGCUUGUCCCUUUAUUUCCUGAAUUACCUGUAAUCUAAAAGUUUUAUCUAAAAGCUUCAUGGAUUUGAAUAAAACAUUUUUUUUUUUUGCUGGAAUAUAUCCUAGAUGAGACACAUGCUUUAAAUCUCAUCACAUCAGAAAACACAUAAUAUCUAGUUGACCUACCACUAAAUGAUGCCGAUAGCCUCAUCCCCCACUUACGUUUUCUCCAUUGUGACUUGUGAGUUUUCUAUCUGGUUUUCCUUUGGCAGCGAAUGAAUGCCCAGUUCCCAUUAGCCA